AUGGUGUUUUCAUAUGACCUGAAUCUCCACAAAGUGACGGAGCUCAGAAGGUGCCUGAGUUUGCAACAUGGGAACCAGUACCAGAGGACCAACUACCCCGGUAAUGUGCUCAUUACUGGGUUUUUUUUAAGUGAUGGUGAAUUGUACACAUUUCUUACCAACACCUCUUUGAUUUUGCAGCCCACACGAAUCCCUGCAGACCUCGUGGACAAACUGGAGCGACUGGCCUUGGUGGAUUUCCGGACCAAAGAGGGUCUGGCCUGUUUGGAGAAAGCGAUACGGUUUGCAGAUCAGCUUCAUGUGGUUGACACGUCGGGGAUUGAGCCCAUGGAUUCAGUCCUGGAGGACAGGGUUCUAUACCUGCGGAAUGACACAGUGAUGGAAAGGGACUGUGCUGAGGAACUGCUUCAGCUCUCCGAAAACACAGUGGAAAAGUAUUUUGUGGCUCCACCAGGAAAUAUUCCUUUACCAACGCGAGAGGAGAGGGCAGAGUUACUGAAACACUCAGAGUUCUGAUAUUUGUGGUCUUUUCUUGGAUUUCAUUGAUAUUGUUUUUUUAAUUUGGAGAAUGGAUGUGUCUUCCGAAGAAUUGCAAUAUCUGAUCAACUGACUAAGAAAAAGACUUGAACAGUGUGCUGCUUAUCUGCAGCCAAUAACAGCUAUCAAAUAGCUUUAUCAGAUAUAUAAAGUACAGUGCAUGUUCUGGAACAGGAAAAAUAAAAAGCUGCUGGUCACUUA